AUUGCACACUUAAUUUAUGUUUCCCUCCCACUUUAUUUUCUAGCCCACGUGGAAACAAACCCACGCAUUUAAUCGCAUUUCACCGAUUCAUUUUAUCAUUAUUGUACCAACGAUACAACUUUCUCAUAAUUAAUUUUGACGGAUAAUCACUGUUGCUUUCGGAACAUUGAAACUGAAUUUUUUUUAAAGAUGCCGCUCUUAAUCUGUUAUAUCAAUUCAUGAUAACUGUGAUUAAUAUUCUAUCAUGUAUUUAUUUAAAUUUUUUAAACUAGAUGGCGGCAAUCAUUACUUUCUAUGCGCAAGUCAUAUAGGUUAUAAAAUUCAAGGUAAAGAAGGUUACGUCGGAUUAGGUUAACUAUCGAAGUAAACAGUACUUGACAGUACUUAUACAUAUACUUGCAUGUAAUAAAAACAGAAGUUAUUUUUUUAAUUUUACAUUCAAGUAAUCAAAAGCAUUCAAAUGAAUAUGUCUAUGAAAAAUCUCUUUAACUACAAGUUACGGGAAUUAUGUUAUCGUUUCGUACAUGCUGAAACAAAACAGAAGAAAAUACUGCAGUGGUUAAAACCCAUUGGAUACGAAACAAAUAUUACAAUAUAUAAUACCCUGACAAAAUGUAAAGUACCAUUAAUUUUGAAGAAUAAAAAUGUUCUUAAUUGGUAUGUCUGUGGUCCAACUGUGUAUGAUUCUGCACAUAUUGGGCAUGCAAUGACUUACAUGAAUUUGGAUAUUAUUAGAAGAAUAUUAUCAGACCAUUUCAAUAUAAAUACUAUAAUGGUCAUGUGUAUAACUGAUAUAGAUGAUAAAAUAAUAGCAAGUUCAAAGAAGAAGCAACAAAAUUAUCAGACGCUUGCUAAACAUUAUGAAAAUGAAUUUAUAGAAGAUAUGAAAAUGUUAAAUGUUAUCAAGCCUCACUUGUAUUGUAGAGUCACCGAUUAUAUACCUGAAAUUAUUGAAUUUGUUAAUGGGAUCAUAAAUAAAGGCUAUGGUUAUCUUACAAAAGAUGGUUCUGUGUAUUUUGAUACAACUAAAUAUGACCUUUAUGGAAAAUUGGGAACCCCAUAUCCUGAGAGUAAUCAUCCUGAAAAGAAGUCAGCAACAGACUUUUGUUUAUGGAAAGCAGUUAAACAAGGUGAACCAUUUUGGAAAUCACCAUGGGGUAAGGGAAGACCAGGAUGGCACAUAGAAUGUAGUACAAUUGCAAGCACAGUUUUUGGAAAUUGUGUGGAUCUCCAUAGUGGCGGAAUAGACCUUGCAUUUCCACAUCAUGAAAAUGAAGAAGCCCAAUCAUGCUGUUACCAUGAAGUACAGCAAUGGGUGAACUAUUGGUUACAUUGUGGUCACUUAUUUUUAGAUGAUACAAAAAUGUCAAAGAGCUUGAAUAAUACAAUUAAUAUAAGAGAAUUUCUUGCAAAAUACACAGCGAAUCAUUUGAGAAUGCUUUGCUUACUUACUAAUUAUAGAAAUGAAGUUAAAUUUUCUGAUGUUAUACUGACAAAUGCAGUAACUACAUUACAUAAAAUCGAACAUUUUAUUACCGAUUGUGAGAAUUACAUUGCAGGAAGAUGGAAUAUGGGCAAUGUUGAUGAAGUUGCAUUGUUACAUUGUUUGGACGAAACAAAAAGUAGCAUUGAUAUUGCAUUAGCAGACGAUUUUAACACUGCAAAAACCAUGAAGUUACUUUUAAACUUAAUUGAUGUAGCAAAUAAAAUGUUACAUAAACCUAAUGACCUUAACAAGAGAAGUAUACCAGCAAUAGCUGCAGUGUCAAAUUAUAUAUCAACAAUGUUUUCAAGAUUUGGUAUUUUAAAUUCCUUGACAGCAGAAGAUGAUAGAAUGAACAAUAUCGUAGAGCACUUCGUAAAAUUCAGAAGCGCUGUUCGAAAUAGGGCUUUAGAACAAGAUGUAAAAGACAAAAUCAUACUAACGGCAUGCGACGAAGCACGAUUAAAUCUUUCCUCUUGCGGAGUAACAAUAAAGGACCAGAAAAAUGAAACUAUUUGGAGUAUUAAAAAAUACUGAACUCGGUUUUAACCAAAAAUUUGUAUUGUAAAUUAAUAGUUUUAAUAAAAAAUUAUAUUUACACUUUUUUUUAUGCUGAUUCUAAAGGACGGUUUUGCGUUAAUA